AUGACGAUCCUGCAGCGACAGGAAACGUCGCUAGAGGACAUCAUCGACUCGUGCCUCGCAGACAGCACGAAGGAGCGAUAUGAGUCAGGACUUCGCCAACUCAUCAAGUGGAUACACUUGACCGGUGGUACAGACCUGCUUAAAGACGACGGCAUGAUCGACCUGCGCGUCGGAACAAUGUCUGGGUACCGUGCUGCACUGCGGUGGUACUACAAGCGCGAAGACGUUGCGAUGCCUGUGGAGUACUCGAGUAUGCACCGCUUGACAGCACCUGACGAGCAAACAUCGACGCUCAAGGAUUCGGGCAAACGGCCGCUUGGAUUCAGCAUGUACGAAGCCCUGUGCCAGGAGUCACUGAAGACAUCCGACAGCGGAUUUGUGCAACUGUACCUCGUGAUCUCGUGGAACUUGAUGGCGCGCUCCAAGUCAACCGAGACUAUCCACAUUGAUCACAUUUCGUUUGAAGAGGAUGCCAUUGGCAUCACGUACAUCAAGUCCAAGACUGACCAGACUGGGUCCAAGCGCCGCGACCCUCGACACGUCUACGCGAAUCCAUCGUCACCGGCAAUUUGCACGUUCCUCGCUCUAGGUGCCAACCAACGCGAUCGUUUCGGCAAGGCACUCAAGGCAUUGGAUUACACAGUGCUGGGUGAAGCUGCAAGUGGAACAGUUGGAACUCACUCCAUUCGAAAAGGCGCGGCGACGUUCGUGUGCUCGGGCAGCACAAGCGGACCAUCGGUCAUUAGCGUGUGUUUGCGGUGCGGAUGGUCGCUGGGAAACGUCGUGGAACGGUACAUGCACUACGAAAAGGCUGGUGACCAGUUCGUUGGCCGUGUCGUUGCAGGCCUACCGCUCAACAGCGCAGACUUUGCCCAACUGCCACCCCACUUCGACAGCACUGACAACCCUGUAGUCACAAGCGCUCUCAGGUGCAUGUUCCCAGUUCUGUUCAAGACAGGGUCACUUAUCGGCGUCCUGAAGCUCGGUUUGGCAUCCAUCGUACACCACGCUUACUGCUAAUGUUAAAUUGCGCAUGAGACGGGGA